GUUUCUAUUGCCCCAUGUUGUACUCCUUAAACUACUUUAUGUUUCCCUCCUAAAGUCACCCAGCAACUCAAUUCCAUUUCACCUACUCCUCCAUGUUUUUCUACUGAAGUCCAAAGAUGGAAACAGCACGUGCCGUGGUUUUCGACAUUCGUGGCGGGGGAAAUAACGAUCUAAGCUACAGUUUUUCGGCUGAGGCUUUGUAUGAAGUGUCUCUUCUUGCUCAUGCUGGUAGUUGCGGUAAUGUUGCCUUCCUGAGUGUGGUGCUCAUGGGAGAAAAAGGUUUCGAGCUCUUAUUGGACAUGCACUCUUUGAUUGAACUUGACCUAUCUUUCAGACGCUCCUUUGGAAAGUUAAAGCACCUUCUGAAAAUCUCCAACCAGAAUGCAAUAUACACAUCUAAGAAGCCAUUCGAAUCCAUUUUAGGGGACCUUGUAGACCAAUUCAAAGAAAAAUGUAGGUACUGCAUUGCAUCAACUCAACUGGAGAUUAUCAUUGUCACCAAAGUAGCCAGAGAAAAAAUCCUGAAGGAAUUGGGAACCUUCCUCGCUAAUGUUCAGUGCUCUCAGUUGAAUGCAGUUGUGAUAAUUCAUUUAGCUUCAACUGGAUCCUCGGUGCAGAGUGAAACGAUACAAGAAACGCGCCCAAAGUUGGUCUGGCAUGAAUUAGGGGAAGAAGGGGAUGUUAAACUUUUUUUUAAGUCUUGGUUGACGCAUAAACGUAAAAACUGGAACCUAGAAAUUACCGACUCCAACGGACGGUGCGAGUGGACAACCAGGAUUGACAUCGAAGAUCUAGUCUACGACCUUAAAGGAUGGCCCUAUCGAAUUUCCGCCGACAGGAACGACUCAAACGGAAUAGGAACCUUUGACGAUGGAAACAUCAAAACGUUAGGAAUCCUCAAAUGGUUGAGAAGUGAUGGUGUACCGGCAUGGCUGAUGUACGGAAUGCCCAGACGUCUUUUACCAGCAAGCGAAAUGGCCCAUGAUGAAGAGGCUUCUAAAAUCAACAACGAACAGUUUUUCUCCCUUUCACGUUGGCUAGCUAGAGAAACUCUAGUUGCCCUUGCCAUGCUCGUGCCCGCCAAACAGGCCAUUGAUUACUUCAUUCUCACCCCAGGAUCCGACGGAAGUUUAUUGAUGCGAAGCAUUGCUCCACAAGAAGUAAUAUUACCAUCGCCAAUGUGCCUCCCUGUCGUCGAACCUCAAGAGACCGAAUCCGAAUUGUUUACUUUGAAAGAGAGGUGCUUUGAAGAAGUUCAUUCUGCUUACCUCCAGCUUCCGGCACAUUCGUUCUGCCAAACGGAUCAGUCUAACAUGGUGGAAACUAUUGAAUUUCAUGCACUCACGAAUAUUGAAAUGACUGGAACUAAACGAAAAGUGAAUGCUCGUGGUAAAAGUGUUAGUAAACCAGUGCGCAAGAAUACGUGAAAGAAGAGUGCACCAUUCCAGCC